AUGUGGCUGGGUGAGAACGCGGUGUUCGCCUACGAAUCGUCGGUGCACGGCGCGCACGUGCUGCGCUGCCUGGACGAGCAGCGGCGGAAGGACGAGCUGUGCGACGUGACGGUGCUGGUGGAGGGCCGGCCCUUCCGCGCGCACCGCGCCGUGCUGGCCGCCUGCAGCGCCUACUUUCACGCCCGGCUCGCCGGCGCGGCCGGCGCAGAGCCACGCAUCACGCUGCCCGGAGAGGUGACAGUUAAAGGAUUUGAACCUUUAAUUCAGUUUGCCUACACUGCUAAACUGAUACUCAGUAAGGACAAUGUGGAUGAGGUGUACAAGUGUGUGGAAUUUUUAGGCGUACCUGAUAUUGAGGAAUCCUGCUUUCAGUUUCUCAAAUACAAGUUUCUGGACUCCACUGCAGACCAGCAGGAAUGCCCCAGAAAAAAAUGCUUCUCCUCGCCUUGCCAGAAACCAGAUUUUAAGUUUUCACUCUUGGACCAGAAGGAUUUAGAAAUUGAUGAGGUGGAGGAAUUUCUGGACAACAAAAAUGUCCAAACCCCUCACUGUAAACUGCGUAGGUAUCAAGGCAGUGCAAAAGCGACUCCUCCUCUGCAGGACAGUGCCAGCCAAACAUGUGAAUCCAUGUGCUUAGAAAAGGACGCUCCCCUGGCUCUGCCGUCUUUAUGCCCCAAAUACCGAAAAUUCCAGAAAGCGUUUGGAACUGACAGAGUCCGAACUGUGGAGUCCAGUGUCAAAGACAUUCAGGCUGCUUCUGUUCAGCCGCAUGAGCCGUCGGAAAGUGAGUGUCUAGGAGGAACCCAGGACUGUGCAGACUUGCAGGUGACUUUAAAAUGUGAAGAAAGAAAGUCAGUGAUGGGACAUGAAGAAGCCAAGAAGAGAGAUCCCGCUUCCCAGGGCUCAUCCGGAAAAACAGAAACGACUCCCUGCCCCCCCAGUUCUGCAGACCCCCACGGGCUCUACUCUCUGUCUCUCUUACACACGUACGACCAGUACGGUGACUUGAAUUUUGCUGGCAUGCAAAACACGACAGUGUUAACGGAAAAGCCUUCAUCAGGUUCCAGUGUGCGAGAGGAGAAGGCUUUUGGUGAGAGUCCGGAUGUGAAAUCAGACUCCGGCCCCAGGAAGGAGAGUGGCCUUGCCGCGAGUGAUCUGAGCAGCGUGGAGCGAGAGGUGGCGGAGCACCUUGCGAAGGGCUUCUGGAGUGACAUCUGCAGCGCGGACUCUCCCUGCCAAAUGCAGUUGUCACCUGCCGUGGCCAAAGACGGCCCAGAGCAGAACUACCCCCAGAAGCGGUCGGAGUGUCCCUGGUUAGGUAUCAGGAUCAGCGAGAGCCCGGAACCGGGCCAGAGGACUUUCACGACCUUGAGUUCUGUCAAUUGCCCUUUUAUAAGCACUCUGAGUCCCGAGGGCUGUUCCAGCAGCCUGGAAAUUGGAACCGAUGACUACGUUUCAGAGCCCCAGCAGGAGCCUUGUCCCUACGCUUGUGUGAUCAGCUUGGGAGAUGACUCGGAGACAGAUACCGAAGGGGACAGUGAGCCCUGUUCAGCCAGAGAACAAGAGUGUGAGGUAAAAUUGCCAUUUAAUGCACAACGAAUAAUUUCACUCUCUCGAAAUGAUUUUCAAUCUUUGUUGAAAAUGCACAAACUGACUCCAGAACAACUGGAUUGCAUCCAUGAUAUUCGGAGAAGAAGUAAAAACAGAAUUGCUGCACAGCGCUGUCGCAAGAGGAAACUUGACUGUAUACAGAAUCUUGAAUCAGAAAUUGAGAAGCUGCAAAACGAAAAGGAGAGCUUGUUGAAGGAGAGGGAUCACAUUUUGUCCACGCUGGGCGAGACCAAGCAGAACCUGACCGGGCUUUGCCAGCAAGUCUGUAAAGAAGCGGCUCUGAGUCAAGAACAGAUACAGAUCCUCGCCAAGUACUCAGCCUCCGACUGCCCGCUCUCCCUGUUAAUUUCUGAGAAAGGCAAGAGCACUCCUGAUGGUGAGCUCGCAUUACCCUUGAUCCUGAGUCUGUCUGAAAGUCCUGCAGCUGGGCUGCCUGCCGGGGAGCCCAGCCCAUGUUACCCCAGCACCAAGGGCGGUGAGGCGGGCAAUGUGCGGGGCCAGGAGUCCCAGACGGCUGCCAGCACCCUCUCGGAGCCGAGGGAGCCCUGUCGCCAGAGCGGGGGCAUCUCAGACUUCUGUCAACAGAUGACCGACAAGUGUACUACUGAUGAGUAAACGCACCUCCGGCUGUUUCCUACUGACGUUUUGACAUUGUCUUAAAAGCCUGAUACGGCCACCUGUCUCUUGACAAGUAUGGUUUGUCUUCCCUUGUACUUUGCUGUUAAGGGAAUUCCUUUGAUGUCAGCCUUUGACUUUUCCUUCAUUUCCACAGGAGAGGCAGAAAUGAUCUGCCACUUGGAUGCCGAAAAUUCCCACGUGGAAAUGCAGUAAGGCUUUGAAAGAAAGAAAGAAAGUGAAGUCGCUCAGUCAUGUCUGACUCUUUGUGACCCCAUGGACUGUAGCAUAUACCAGGCUCCUCUGUCCAUGGGAUUUUCCAGCAAGGGUACUGAAAACUCCUCAGUUUUAAAUAACAGCUGUUAGCAAUGAUUCUUCCCAGUGUCCAAAGUAAAUAAGAAAGUGAAAAACUGUAGCAUAUCAAACAGUAGUUAAACAGGUUGAAACCUCUGCAGACACUUCCUGCUCUAAAGAAAUAGCCUGCAAAAGAUUAGUCAUUUGGCCUUCUUACAACAUACUGAUUUAAAAGAAAAUUUUCUUCCAAGUAAUGCUGGCAGAGUUCCAUGCUGCUGAAAAGUAAGGUGUCACCUCCUCGGGCAUACUGCUGUAGGCCUGAAGUGGGAACACGUAGGGACCAUCGCUCCUGAACCUUGGCGUGUUGCUCUUUCAGCUCUUGCUAAAAGUGGAGACUGGUUGGCCUGCAGCUGUGAUCCUGGGCGAUGUUGGAAACAGGAACCCCAGGCAGGAGGCUGGCCUCUGGCAGAGGCUCCUAAUCCUCCUCUGUCGACUUUAAGAGUCCUGGCUGCAUCAGUAGUAGAUAAGUGUCAUUUCCCUCUUUUCCUCUUCAUCUCUUCUAUAUCUGGGUCCAGCAUGAUCUUUCUGUUUUCUCACAUUCUCGUCCUUUUGGGAGGAGAAAUAAAACUCAGGACACAGUGGCAUGAGCUCCUGCGAUGGCAGCCUUGGCUUAGCCUCCCUGGAAUCUGGAGUGCUCACCCGGGACAAGGCUGGGGGCCUGCCCGCCGAAGGCCACUCGUACGAGGGAACCCGCUGUCGCAGGGAAAGAUGGCCUGCGUUUAUCAGGAAUGGCAGUUCAUUUCCCAUCCUGUCUCUGAAAUUCUGUGGUUUCUUUGUAAAAAGCAUUACGAUAGAUCAAAAUGUGUCUACGACAACCAUGCAGGUUUGUGAGAUAGGCUAAAAACAUAAUUUUGCUCCAUUUGUGGGUUUGAAUUUGAAAGCCAGAUUUAGUCUUGCUCUCCUCCCCAAAUCUAGUACGUAAGGGCACACCCAUCAUUUUGGACUCGGGCAUUUUAAAAUCGGUCUUUGUGUUUAUUCAAUCCUGUUUUAAGAUAGUUUUCUAAUAAUCUGAACCCUUAUCCCAUGCCAUUAUGCAGUGGUUCUUAGCCAUUCUGCUGUUAUAGAAAGCUGUGGACCUGUCAAUGAUGAAAGCAACAUUGAAUAUUUGCAUUCAGAGAAAUAUUUGCAGAAUCCAGUUUGAAAGGGUAUGGAAAGUAAUUUUUAGGGUUUGGAUUGGAAAGUACUUCAUUUCACUGAGGUUAGACACCUGACCUCUAUAGAUUGCAUCUUGAGUCUGGCAGAGGGCUUGUGUAGUUAACGUGUGGGACUGGGUCUGAAGCCAGUAGGCCUGUGAGGCGACGUGGGGACCAGGCUUCCCAUUUCAGAGUAAUUCGUCAGAUGUUACCCUUCUUCACGGGGGCGGGUGUUGUGGGAGCUAUUGCCACCAUCUUUUCAGUGGUUUGUAUGUUAUUUCUAUUAUCCGCUUAGCUGUUGUAGGAGAAAACUAGUUGGACUUGUUUAUUUUCUAGAGGGUUUUAUAAGUACAUCUAAGAAUUUGUCAGGGAGAAUAUAAUUCUAUGAUAAUGAAUCCCAUCCCACAAAACAGUGAUCAAUCGUGUGUGUGUAUGUGUACUCCCAUCUAUUUCUUUGAUACUCGUAAUUUUAAAUGCAAAAUAUAAAAUAAUAUGAAACCUUUUCUGGUUUACAGCGUGUAAAGUCUUACCAAGCCGAUGGACUCCUUCAUUCCCUACCUCAGUGUGCACUCGGCUCUUUUCCGCACCGGUCUGUGUAUGUGCAAACGUCAGUCUUGUACUUUAAUUGCUACUGUAAAUAACUGCUUUGAAAGAUUACUUCCUAUUUUAUGAUGAAACCUAGCUGUCUCCAGAGUUUAAAUACAACUUUUAAGGCACUUGGAUUAAAUUUCUCGCUACAUAUAAACAGUUUAGCAUUAAGAUUUAUUUUAGUGAUACUCUAAUUAUCAGCCAAGUGUAUUAUUUCAUAAAAUAGAGCAUUACUUUUAAUA